UUAAUUUACUUAAUUGAUAUGACACAUUUUUUAAAAUUAGUUUUAUGCAGGUUAAAUGUCAAACAAUUUGACUAGUUCAUACAUUCAAUAUUGGUGCAAAGGUGUGAUGUGAUACCGUGAGAUUUAUUAUGGAACAAUAAUGUUUAGUCAACAUUGAUAAAAAAAAAAUGUUUAGUCAAUUGUCUUAAGUUUAAUAAUACAAUUAUCAAUCGUCAAAAAAAAAUAAUACAAUUAUCUAACUGCAAGCAGAUUUAUAUAUGUACCACGUGUGCAAUUCAAUAGCAUUAUUGUUGCUACGGCAUCACUCUUGGUCAAAUGAAGAUCUUCUUCUAGAAAUUGAGUUGUUAACCCCUCCUGUUUUCCCAGGGGUGGUUUCAGACUUUGUGAUGAGUUAAUUGUCUCCGAAUUGCCACUAAAGUCUAUAUGAUAUGAUAUGAUUGGUUCCAAGAGUCAACUAAAGGAUAUUAUGCAAGUUAAAAUAAAUUGCAACCAGCUUGUAGUUUAAGAACAAUAUACAUUUUCAAUCAGCUAUAAGGGCUGUAAAUGUAAUGGGCAAAAAGAUAAGUCUAACAGUUUGGCAUUCAGCCUGCACAAAUAGGACUCACCUUAUUGAUUAAUUAAUCACUGCUCUCCCUCCCUGCACUGCCCUUUUGCUAAUGAUGGAGGAUCAUUUCUUAUCCUUCCCCAUCCUUCUCAGUCUUAUGGUCCUCUUAAUGUUUAUGAUCCUAAAGAGAUUUAAAACCACAAACACAGCCUCCAAUCUUCCACCAGGGCCAUGGAAGCUGCCAAUUUUCGGAAGCAUACACCACCUCAUUGGCUCCCUUCCCCACCACCGCCUGAGAGAGUUAUCCAAGAAAUAUGGCCCUCUCAUGCACCUGCAACUUGGAGAGACAUCAGCCAUUGUGGUUUCUUCUUCAGAAAUUGCCAAAGAGGUGUUGAAAACUCAUGAAAUCACAUUUGCUCAACGACCUCGAUCACUUGGUGCAGAAAUUACAACUUAUGGUUUCACUGACAUUGCCUUUUCAUCAUAUGGAGACUACUGGAGGCAGCUAAGAAAAAUAUGCGCACUGGAGCUGUUGAGUGCUAAAUGUGUGCGAUCAUUCCAUUCAAUUAGGGAGGAAGAGGUAUCAAAUUUAAUAAGAUAUAUAUCUAUGAACACCGGAUCAUGUGUCAACCUCACGGAUAUAGUUUUAUCUAUGACAUAUAGCAUAGUUGCAAGGGCAGCUUUUGGUGAUAAAUGCAAGGACCAAGAAGCAUAUAUCCUCUUCAUGAAGAAAAGUAUGAGAGUGGCUGAAAGUUUCAGUGUUACUAAUUUGUUUCCUUCCCAACGCUGGCUACUUGUGAUUAGUGGAGCGAUGAAUAAAUUUAAGGAAUUGCAUAGAACUACUGACAAGGUUCUAGAAAAAAUCAUCACUGAAGCAACAGCAAAGAGUGGUGGAGAUGGAAGUCUUCUUUCUAUUCUUUUGAAUCUGAAAGAUCAUGGUGACCCUGAAUUUCAUUUGACCAUCAACAACAUUAAAGCCGUUCUUCAGGACAUGUUUAUUGCUGGAAGUGAGACAUCAUCUACCAGUUUGGAAUGGACUUUCUCAGAAAUGCUGAAGAACCCAAGAGUGAUGAAAAGGGCUCAAGCAGAAGUUAGGCAAGUUUUUGGUAGCAGAGGGUAUGUUGAGGAAAUGGCUCUUGAAGAACUGAAAUUUUUAAAAGCAGUGAUUAAAGAAACUUUGAGAUUACACCCUCCUAUUCCUUUAUUUCCAAGAGAGUGUGGUGAAACGUGUGAGAUUGAUGGUUACACAAUACCAGUAGGAACCCAAGUAAUUGUGAAUACAUGGGCAAUUGGAAGAGACCUUUGCUGGAGUGAAGAAGAGAAGUUUUAUCCUGAGAGAUUCCUGGAUUGUCCAAUUGACUACAAGGGGUCCAAUUUUGAAUUCAUACCUUUUGGUGCAGGAAAGAGAAUCUGUCCUGGCAUUUUGUUUGCUCUACCAAAUAUUGUACUCCCUCUAGCACAAUUGCUGUACUAUUUUGAUUGGGAACUUCCAUUUGGAACUAGUCAUGAAGAUUUUGACAUGGCUGAAGCUUUUGGUACUACAGUCAGGAGGAAAAAUGAUCUAGUUGUGAUUCCCAUUUCUUACAAUCCUGUUUCUGUUGAAUAAAAACACACGGAUGAUAUGAUGAUGUUGAGCAAUCCAUGCUUGGCUGCAGCCAACUUUGUAUCUGUGAUUAUGUAUUAAUGUUUCCACCUUUAUGAUGGCUUUGUUACAUUAUUAGGAGUGUUCCUGUUUCCUUUUCUUUUCCUACUCUUAUCCUGUAAACUAUGUGUCUCAGGCAUUGUGGAACUUUGUAAUGGCUAUGCAGUCAUUCUGAUUAGCCUUUCAUUCUAACUAUAUAGUCACCAGUUUCUCUUCAAUAAAACACAGUUGCUUUGUUUA